AUGAGCGGCGACCCGAGGUCAACGUCCAUAAACACAAUCCGCGUACAUAGAGCUUGCGAUUCCUGCAGAAGACGAAAAGUGCGCUGCGAGGGCUCUCAAGACAACGACGCCGGCGGCAAAUGUCCGUCUUGCAUACAUGGUGGUCAUGAGUGUACGUAUAUGGAAGACAGUCAAAGACCAAAAGGGCCGUCAAAGCGGUAUGUGACGAUGCUGGAACAGAAGGUCGGCCGUCUCGAAAGCAUACUGCGGCAGACCGAGAGCUAUGUCGGCCCGCGUCUCGAGUCUGAAGGCUUUGUUUACGACACUUACAUUCAAGAUCUUCGUUCGCGCAAUAUUCCUCCCUAUCCGGCUCUCAAGCCACUCUCCCUUCCCACACCUUCGACAUCCCAUGCCCCUUCUCCGGCGCUUUCGAUCUUCAGCAGCACACAGAGUGCCCAUGUCAAGGACGAAAACGACAAAGACGAGCCAUCUCACGCCGUUCUCAUCGACUCUGAUCUCAAGUCGGCCAGGGGAAUCAGGUCUGAUAUCAUCGUCAACAUGGGCCAAAGUAAGAGGGAGGCCUUCUGGGAGACGUCAGAGUGGGAGACGUCUAUCGAGGCCGACGGGACAUCCCCGAUGGAUUUCAAAGUGUGGCCAGAGCGGGGACUGGAUCAGCUGUUGAUCAAUACCUAUUUCGACGAGGUAGAUCUACACAUGCCGCUCCUGAACAGACUUGUCUUUCAAGAGCAGUAUGAUGCGAAGCUGUGGCGGACGAGUGAAGGCUUUGCAAAGAUCUGCAUGCUGGUCUUUGCCAAUGGAGCUCGAUAUGUGAAGGACCGAAGAGUUUUGUGGGACAGCGCUACUCCUGGAGACAAUUCUAUCUCCCAAUUCUCGGGGGGCUGGAAGUACUUUCGCGUGGUGCUUCGCAUGGGCCGCAACAUCAUGCAGCUCCCUACCCUCUACGACAUCCAAUACCUUGUUCUCGUUUGCGACUUUAUACACGCCAGCUCCUGUCCUCAGCUGAUCGCCACCAUCUCCUCCCUAGGGCUUCGGUUCAUCCAAGAGCUAGGGGCCCACAUCUCCGCUGUCCUCGCGCAAUGGGACCCGGUCGAGCGGGCGCUGUACCAUCGAGCUUUCUGGUGUCUGUACCAUAUUGAUAGGUACGGCAGCUCUACAGUGGGCAGGCCUGUUGCGGUGCUCGACUCUGAUUUUGACGUGCCCGAGCUGGCAAACAUCGACGAUGAAUACUGGGAAAGAGAGGAUCUCGACGGGAGAGGAAAACAGCCCGAAGGCAAGGUAUCGAGGGUGGCCUUCUUCAUCGAGAUCUCCAAGGUGGAUAGAAUCAUGGGAAAGACGCUCAACAGAAUCUAUGGCACAAAGAAACCUGCCGAUGUUCACAUAUCAAGACGGCAAAUGGUCGACGAGCUUGAUGCAGAUCUGAGGACAUGGGCAGACAAUGUCCCUCCGCCUCUCCGUUGGGAUCCCAAACGCUCCAACUAUUCCCUUUUGCGCCAGUCGGCCGACAUGUGGGCUCAUGGCCACUAUGCCAGGAUCCUCAUCCAUCGCAACUUUGUACCUGCUCGCCCCAACACCGGAACACUCGAACAACUUUAUUCUCUCGCUUCUUGCGUUCACGCAGCUUACGCCAUCUGCGCCAUCACCGAUGCCCUGCUUUCUCGCGGCCGGCAAGAAGAAUGUCCCGCUGGUCAUGCGCUGCCUGUAACUGUCAAGAUCCCUUCAUGGUUGUCAGGUAUCAUCCUCCUUCUCAGCCUCUACACGAUUGAUAUGAGCAAAGAGGAGCUGUUUCGCACAAGAGAAGGACUGAAAUCGUGUUUGAGAGCGAGUCAAGAAUUGGAAAAGUUGUGGCAGAAGUCUGGCAAGACGACAGAUUUCUUGCAGCAGGCCGUAAACGAAGCAGACUUUAUGGUGUCGAGGAUGGCUGAUGAGCCAUCGAAGCCAGAAUCUACCGUGAACGGUGAUCUGGAACUGUCUUUAUAUAAUCCUGCCCCUCACUCCAGCUCAACGUAUUCUCCUUUCGGGCCAACUCCAGGGACGAAGACGAGUAAUGGGAUGGAGGCCCAAGAAGGACUGUACAAUUCGUGGCUGCGUAUGAGCACGUUUCAGAGCCAACUGCUUGACAUGAACCUCCCGUCCCGGGGGAGAGAAGAGCAGGAAGAGGGGAUAGGAGAUGAAUGGUGGGCAAAGAUGCUUGACGAUCACAAGUAA